UUUGAGAUUUCAAUAGAGGCAAACUUCUGCAGAAAGUGAAAACUUAAAUAUGAACCAUGCCUCAAUUUGUCCAUUUUACUAGUUCUGUUGUACUCCUAUGUGUCUACAAAAAUGAAGCCUACCUUAAGAAAUUAUUAUCCUCUUGUUUUCUUUGGGUCAUUAUUCUGUCUCUUUAUGGCCAGAUUUGGUGCUGAAAGUGACAUUUAUUGCUUGCAAACUAUCAAGAACAUGGACACUUCUGAUCUCUUAUCUAGCUGGGAUUUCGAGAGCAACACCGAGCGUGGCAUAUGCAGAUUCGGCGGUGUUGAAUGCAGCAGCAACUAUGUGGAAGAUAGAGUAAUCGGUAUAUGGCUAUCUAACAUGGGGCUGAAGGGUCAGUUUCCUCGUUGCAUCGAGGAUUUCAUAUGGUUGCAGACUCUGAUCCUCUCACACAACGACCUUUCUGGAUAUAUCCCAAACGAUAUAUCAGCCAAGCUGCCAUAUCUGACCACACUUUAUCUCUCAAAUAACUAUUUCUCUGGUGAAAUUCCAAAGGGUAUUGCCAAUUUGUCAGGCUUAAUUACCCUUCUACUUGAUGGCAACCGGUUAACAGGCCAAAUCCCACAAGAUCUUGGGUUGCUUCCCAGGCUGAGAGAUUUCAGUGUUGCAAAUAACUUGUUGGAAGGGUCAGUGCCUGUUUUUGUGAACAAUCUUAAUGUGAGUUUGAGCUAUGCAAAUAAUAGUGGACUCUGUGGGGGAAUACUAGGAAACUGUGAUGAGAGCUUGUUUGAAUUCAAAAAGAGGAGGAGUAACGCUAUUCAUCCCCUAGUCAAGAAGCAGAACACUGAACAAGAAGCUGAAUUGCUACCACUGGCCUUUCAUGAGCAAGGAAGCAAAGAGCUAUCAAUAUUGUUGGAGAGAUUUAUUUCUAGAAUGAGCUUCAAGGAAUUAUGCAAGGCAACCGAUUACUUUUGCAUUGAUAACGUGUUGGGGAUAGGAAAGACAGGGAUUAUGUACAAGGCAAAGGUAUCAAAUAGUUGUAUUCUGGCAGUUAAGAGACUGUAUGAUGCUGAUAAGUACAAGUGGAAAUUCUUACUUGAAAUAAUGAUUCCGGGAAGACACAGGCACAGAAACAUAGUUCUACCGCAUGGAUUCUGCAUAGAGAAACAUGAAAGGGUUUUGGUGUAUGAGUACAUCUCUAAUGGAAGACUCAGUGAUUGGUUACAAUCUGACGAGGGACAUCAACCAACAAAAUUAGAAUGGUCCGAGAGGAUUCACAUUGCACUUGGGAUUGCAAGAGGUUUAUCUUGGCUCCACAAAAGGUGCAACAUAGUCCACCUCUAUUUAGAUUCGGAGUGUGUCUUGCUGGACAAGUACUUUGAGCCAAAAAUUUCGAAUUUUGGCAAGGCGAAAUUCCUAAACCAGACUGUUGAAGAUCAUGUGAGGAUGAAAUUCUUUUUGGUUGAUAGACUUGGAGUGAAGGGUUAUGCUGAGAAGGAUGUCUAUGAUUUUGGAAUAAUCCUUUUUGAACUUUUAACGGGGAAAAGACUAAGUCCAUCCACUGAUUCUUCUGACAGUAUUAAUUGCCAUUUGAUGAAGUAUAUCAGUAAGAACUUCUUCACUGAUCCUGCUGACUUUUAUGAUGCCAUUGACGAUUCUAUAAUGGGGAAGGGUUUUGAUGAUAAAAUCCUACGUCUUCUUGAAGUUGCAUGUGACUGUGUUAAGACAUCUCUAAAGCAAAGGCCAAAGAUGGUUGACAUUCACCAAACUAUAAGAGCUAUGUGGGAGGGCUACAAACCCUGCUUUCAUUCUGAAAGUCUGACAGUAAAAAUAAAAUAA